AUGUCUCUAAAUAUUUCUGAGAAAAAAGAUCAUCAAAUAUCAACUGAUAAUCAGUUACCAGUAUUCACAGAUGCAUGGCAAAAAACACUUUAUCAAAAUACAUUUCGUAUUGAUUCAAUACAAUCACAAUCAACUUCACCUACUAUUGAACGAGAUAAAAUGAAUCAUCAAUUAACUAUUGAAAUAUUUGAUCGAUUAUUAAAAUUUAGUAAUGAAUCUGAUAGACCAUUAUUUUGUCAACGUUUACAAGUUAUAUGGGAAGAACAAGGUAUUUUUUGUCAAACACAUCCAACAAUUACCAAUCAAAUACUUGAUUUAUAUAAACUACAUCAUUUAGUUCAAGAAAAACAAGGCUAUUUAGAGAUAACAACAAAUCGAGGU